AUGGGCCCGUCGGUGCCAACCGGCCUGGCCCUGCUCGGGCUGCUGGCGCUGGGGGCCGCCGGGCUGCUGGGGGCCGCCGAGCCGGCCAAGGCCCCCUGCCCCAGGGGCAGCUCCUGGAGUUCGGACCUGGACAAGUGCAUGGACUGUUCCUCCUGCCCCGCCAGACCCUACAGCGACUUCUGUCUCGGCUGCACGGUGCCCCCACCCUCGCCCCCGCUCCUGUGGCCAGUCUUAGGGGGCAGCCUGGGCCUGGCCUUGACCCUGGGGGUGCUCUCUGGGCUCCUGGUUUGGAGACGCUGCCGCAGGAGAGAGAAGUUCACCACUCCUAUAGAGGAGACGGGAGGCGAAGGCUGCCCAGGGACUGCGCUGAUACGCUGAUGCCCCCAGGGCAGAGGUGGAGAUCCUGUCCCGAGAUGAUUCAGCUUGAAGAACCCGCAACAUUUGCACAGGGGGGGGAUCUCUCCUCCCCUUUCCCCCACCGUGCCAACAGGCGGACCUGGGGGAGGGGGACCACGGGAGCCGGGGGGAAUGACCCCUAAAAUUCUACAGGUGCAGAGAGACGGAUAAAACACUAAGGAUCCGAGCCCCGAGAGCCCCCAGCUUGUCGGGAUGUGGCAGCUGUAUG